CUUGCUGCAAGCAUGCGCGGCGAUGUUCGUGGUGGGAACCGUCACAUUAAUGACGUAUCAUAGCGUUACCCGACCAGCCGCCUUGGAAAGCGACCCUCAGAUCUCCUUGGAUGACUUGAUCAGACAGGCUCCUCCAUGGGCUCCUGCAACUGCGCCAAAGCUUUCUUCUGGCUUCAAUGCUUGGAUGGAUACCCUUCCCUUCGGCGACAACUACCACAAGAAGCUUGCAGAGAGAAAGGCAAAGCAGGAGUGGAUUGAGUCAGAAAGAUUGAACAAUCCGCACUUCCUCCUCCGCCGUGUCGAAGCAAACAAUGAGUAUCUCCAGAGCAGGUUGGAGUUUCUCGACAAGUUGAUUGAAGAAAGGAAGUCUCUGCCCGAUUCCAUAGCAGUCAACAUUGACCACCCCGGUCCUCCUGGAGACAUGGGAGCAAAGGGUCCUGUCGGUGAUCAGGGUCCAAUGGGCAAGGAAGGACCCCAAGGUGCCAAAGGAACGCCUGGCAUGCCAGGAUUGCCUGGUCCCCAAGGACCACCUGGCGUACAGGGAGAGCAGGGCCCGAUCGGAGACGAAGGGAUUCAAGGACCAACUGGACCCUCUGGACCACAGGGUCCUGCCGGACUGCGCGGACCCACUGGCUCCCCUGGGGACUCAGGAGAACCUGUACGAAGAGCUUCUUGCGCUCCCGAAACUUUUCGUAACUGACGUCUGGCUGUUCCAGGGUCCUCGUGGACUUCCAUGGCCGACCGAUGGACCUCAGGGCGCCCAGGGCCCGGCUGGAGAUCCGGGUAUCAUGGGCGAGCAAGGUCCAAGAGGACCCGAAGGGCCGGCUGGAGGUCCGUCUACUGCUCCUCUGAGCAUCAGCGAGAUCGAUGCUAUUUCCGGUGCCACCUACAAGACCGGCUACCUUGCCGCGGGUCAACUGCUUUACUCUGACAACGAUGAAAUCAAAUUCGAGAGCGUACCUGCCGAGAUCAGUGGGCAACCUUACAUCCUCACUGCAAACGAGGACAAGGGUCUGUCUGGUACUACGGAACUUGUCUUCCAUGUCAACCGUCCUUGUUUUGUUUACGUCCUACGAGACAUUCGUGGAACCGCAGCUGGUGGCGGGCAGCCGCCGUCUUGGCUUGCGAACGGUUUCGUGAAGUUGGACUCUGUGGUCGAAGUCUCGGAUUCGGAUAUGGGUAGCAUGGCAAUCUACAAGAGUGGCAUGGCGAUGAGCGGGAGAAUAUCUCUCGGAGGAAACGGGGCUCCUCCUUCAGUGGGCUAUGAGAACAACUACGUGGUUGUCGUCGCUCCCUCCGAAGAGCACGCCACCUCGGGUGUGGGUGUCAUCGGCCUGAAGAUUCCUGCCGACACUGAAGGCAACGAGGCGUAUGAGGGCUCGAUGGGUUUCAGCUUCACUGUCAACUCACCCAUCUACGUGAUGGACCUCGGAGUUUUCAACCCUCUCGGGAGCGCGCCGCUGCCCGGCACUCUCUCCUGCCGCCUCUACAACAUGCAGACAGGUGAGCUCAUCGCGCAGCAGGCUUUCACGGAGGAGAACCGCGGGGACAUGAAAGGUGGAGCCUUGUACAAGGCUCUGAGGAGCCCGGUGCAGUUGCCAGCAGGUUUCCAGGCAGUCAUUGCUGCUGAUGGCUACGGCUCGGAGAUGAAGAACGGUAACUCCGAGGGCGCUGCGCCCUCAUGGAGCUUCGACAACGACGGAGGAAAGAUCACGUUCGGCUCGGACGCGCUCUACGGAGAGAAGGGAGAAAUGCCGUCGGAAGUAGCAGGCUCGCCUGGAAACCGAUUCGCUGCCGCAACCUUCCGUUACACCUAGUUUUGUAAUUUCGUAGAGUUUGAAUAGUCGCUGAUAAGGGG